AUGGAUGAAAACGAUUUGAAUCCAGAGGGCUCUAUCCCCUCGCUGGACGACGAGGAUAGUGUUUCCGUGGAUGGGUCAGACACGAGUGAUGCAAUGGUCAAUCUGGNUUACAACACACUGGAAUCCCGAGAGGACGAAACGGUUGGCUAUGAGAUGCUCAGUCCGGAACAACUGAUCAAGCACAUGGCUGAUAUAACGGAAGAGGUUGGACAGAUUAUUCAAGUCUCGCCGACCUAUUUACGAUUGUUGUUAGACCAUUUCAAGUGGGACAAACACGCCCUGAUCGAAUGCUAUUUCGAACAUGAUCGAUCGUGGACAUUUUCCCAAGCCUCUCUAAUCGAUCCAGCCACACUACCA